UAAAGUGGGACUCAUCAGCAACAUGGCUGACAGUAUAAAUUUGAGAGCGUCAGGAUGUCUUUCUCUCGGAAGAAUUUUUUGCACUCCGUCACUUUCUUUAUCAAAAUUAUUACAUUUCAACUUCUCUUUUGCGGACUUAUAUGUUCGCCGUGGACCUCUUUGACUUGAGAACGGGAAAUGCAGCUGUAAGAACAUAGUAGUGCUCUUGUCAACAUCUGGUAAUGCAGUCUCAGUUGCUGCUAAUAUCCAGUUAAAACACUACCCUGUGAUUUCUAUGUGAAAACAUCUGUGAUAUAGAAAAUAAGGCCUUAAUCAUGACAUCCCGGCUGGAUCGAUUAUUUGUCCUGCUUGAAAAUGGGUCCUCUGCUGUUACCCGCAAAGCUGCUGCUUGCCAGUUGGGUGAAGUUCAAAGACUGCAUCCACAUGAACUCCACAACUUGUUGGGUCGAAUCCACACUUAUUUACACAGUCCAAACUGGGAAACAAGAGUAGCAGCAGGACAGGCUGUUCAAGCAAUACUUAGCAAUGUGCCAGAGUGGGACCCACCUGGAUGUUUCAAAAGUGAAGAGGGUUCUUCUGCUUCUCAUUCGCUCUUUCAAAUGGGUCGUCUCACGUUCAAGAAAUUUGACGUGGACCAAGUGAUGGCCAACAGUGCUCAUCUUCUUGGUUCAGAAGGUAGAGAGUACAACACAGAUGAGUCAUUAGCUGGUUUAGAUACCAAAGAACGUCUUGCUAGACAACGGCAACAAGUAAAUGCUCAGCUAGGUUUGGAUACUAUGGCAGUUCUUGGGGUGGAUACAUCAGAUAUUGUGUCAGAAGAAGAUAUAGCAUGCGCCUCCGUUCUAUUACCAAAGGCUGAGUCAAAGAAAUCUAUAUCUGAAAUGCUUGGACAAGGACCAUGUGGAACUGAAAAUUUUAAACUUCGCCGUCUAUCACGUGCAAAUUCUAAACUAAAUGCACUUGGCGACUUGGAUAAUACUGGUGAACCUGACUGCAAGCGUAUAAAACUAGAAGAUAGUAAUGAAAUUAAUUUCAAGUCAGAAGACUUAGCACAACUUGCUAUGCCUGGUAAUGGUGAAAGUGUACCUGAUGGUACAGGCAGUUGGGGAGAUACCAUAGAUUGGCCAUUUGAAUUCUUCUGUGAUCAAUUAUGUCGAGAUCUGUUUAGCUCUAAAUGGGAGGUUCGCCAUGGUGCAGCCACAGCUUUAAGAGAGUUUGUUAAAAUUCAUGGUCCUGGUGCAGGGAAACAAGCAAAUGUCUCCCAAACAGAGAUGGAAGCCUUACAUCAGCAAUGUCUUGAAGACAUUGCACUUCGUCUUCUGUGUGUCUUGGGCUUAGAUAGAUUUGGUGACUUUGUGUCAGACCAAGUUACAGCUCCUGUCAGGGAAACUUGUGCUCAAGCUUUGGGCAUGGUUCUGCAAUUGUUACCACCUGAAGGUGUCCAAUGUACGCUGAAGGUUUUGCUCCAGCUCUUAAAACAUGAAGAGUGGCAAGCCAGGCAUGGAGGACUGCUUGGUUUAAAAUAUGUUUUGGCAGUACGAGAGGAUUUACUCGGAGAGCUUCUUCCCCUGGCGUACCCCCACAUUAUGGAAGGCCUUGCUGACCCCGUUGAUGACGUUGGUGCAGUCGCGGCCUCUGCUCUGAUUCCUGUCGCCGAAACAGUGAUAAAUCUCAUGGGAAAUCAAGUGGAUGGAACUAUUCAACAAUUAUGGGACUUGCUUGAAGAACAGGAUGAGUUAGCUGCAGCAUGUAACAGUUUCAUGGGCUUGUUGGCUGCUCUUCUUAGUGUUCCCAAAUGUCAGACUUUAUUAAGUCCACUACCAUUGUCUGUCGUUGUUCCUCGUUUGUGGCCAUUUCUGAGCCAUAACACAUCAUCUGUUCGGCGAGCAACUCUUCAAACACUCUUUACCCUUACUGGGUCCCAAAAUAUUGAUUGGACCCUGGAAGUAUUGCAGGCUGCGCUGCGACAUGUGUUUCAGAUGGUUUUAUUGGAGCCAAUCAGAGAGAUACAACUAUUGGCUGAAAAGGUGUGGAUCAAUCUAUUACAAAAUUCACCUUUAUCCCAACUGUUACUGGCAGCUUGCCCAUAUGUUACAACAUGGCUUUGCCUAACUAUGCAACCAGCUAAAGUAUCCUUUGACAACAGUGUUUUAAUUCAUUGUGUCAGAGAAAGCUCAGAAAAGAGCACCAGGAGGACAAAAGCUUUUUCAUCUCUUGAAUCAAAUUGUGGAGGAACAGUGCCAAAGCUUUACAUUGGUGGGGGCCAGACAGUUCCUGCAUCAAGUCACGAUCCAAAUGUUGUUCAAGCAAGAGUUAUUGCAUGUAGGAUGCUUGGUGCACUUUCAUGCUAUUUAGUCCAAAAAGCACCUGGCGUUAUCUACACACCUGAUGUGGAGUCCCCAGUUGAGUGCUACACAAGAGUCAUGCUUGUUCACCUUAAUUCCAAAUCGGCCCUACAGAGGAUGGUUGCUGCUCUAGUUCUUAUGGAAUGGGGAAAACGACACAACCAAGUGAAGCUCAAUACAGAAGGCUUGGCUGUAAACAAUGAAGCGAUGCCGUGUCCAGUAAAUUUAUCAUCAUGUCUUCAUUCAUGUUUGAAUGAAAGUAUUUACUAUGAUGAAAUAGCUCACGCCUACACAAAACUUUUGCAAGAUGCAUGGGACUUUGUAGCACUUUUAAAGCAUUACAAGCUCUCUGUUCCUGGAUAUGAUGGCAACAAACAGGUUUUGACUCUGGAGCAGAUUCAGCAGUUAGUAGGAACUGUUUCGGAAGAACUACUUUCUCAGCAAAAAUUAAAGCCAAAAGUGAUGGACACUUUGGAGCAAAGUCGCAAAAACAUACAGAAAGCUGUUGCUCAAACUAUGUCUGAUCAAUCUGUUCUUCAUAUCAUGACUCAAGCUGCUAUUGCAAAUGCAGUAAUUAUGUUAAACUGCUUACCUGAGAAAUUGCAUCCUGUGUGCAAGUCGGUGAUGGAAUCAAUCAAAAGAGAAGAAAAUGACAUGUUGCAAUCACUGUCUGCUGAAUGCCUAGCUUCUUUGAUUGAUAUGGCCACUUCACGAACCCCAUGUCCUGUUGACAAAAUCAUCACUAACCUAUGUAUUUUCCUUCGCUCUGACCCUGAAUUCACCCCACAAAUAAAGCCCUCUUUAGACAAUAAUGCUCACAAUAGUGCUCAAAACUCAGCAAGGACUGUUGUAGCAGGAGCAGCUGCUAGCCACAAAUUAAACAAUUUUAAUGGUAUUCCUACGCUAGUUAAUCAACAGAAGUCGGCCGAGAGAGCCAUUUAUCGUCGGUCCAAUUCUACUGGGCGCGGUCCUGGUAGACCUCCCAUUCAUGACCUUCCUCCUGAAGAUCUUUUUCCUGCUGAUGAAGAGGCUCACAAAAGAAAUCAGAUUAUGAGGAGAGGUGCCACAUUUGCCUUGAAGUCUGUGACUGCCCAUUUUGGCAAUGCUUUACCCACUAAACUCCCAAAGCUGUGGGAAAUCAUAACAGGGCAGAUUCAACCUAAACCUGACACUGUUCCACUAGAUCUUUCAAAAGUUGCUGGUGAUCAAGCUGCAAAGGAAUUAAUAGCUGAUUUGCAAGUGCUUGAAGUCACAAGUGAUGCUCUUCAAAGGGAUUUAUUACCAGAGAUUAUCAGCUAUUUGCCCCAACUUUGCCAACUUUUGACCCACACAUACUCUGCUGUUAGGCAUAUGGCUGCGCGUUGCAUCGGUGUUUUAGCUUCCCUUUCCUCAGCUCCUGUCAUGGAACAGGUGGUGACUCGAGUUUUACCACUUUUGGGAGUUGUUCAUAAUGACACAUAUCGUCAAGGAGCCAUGGAAGCUAUCAUGUGCAUCAUUGAAAAAUUGCAAACUAACAUCAUACCAUUUGUUGUUGUGUUGAUAGUACCUCUCCUAGGCCGUAUGAGUGACCACGAUCAAUCUGUUCGCAUGUGUGCAACUCAUAGCUUUGCCACACUUAUUCAGCUCAUGCCUUUAGAUGGCGGUGUUCCUGAUUCACCAGAUGUUUCUAGUGAAUUUGCAAAGCACAAACAGGCUGAGAAACAAUUUUUAGGACAAUUGUUUAAUCCUAAAAGUAUAUCAGAUUUCAAAAUUCCUGUACCUAUUAAUGCUCAACUGCGUUCAUAUCAGCAGAGUGGUGUAAAUUGGUUAGCUUUCUUAAAUCAGUAUAAAUUACAUGGAAUUCUGUGUGAUGAUAUGGGCCUUGGAAAGACUUUGCAAUCUAUCUGCAUACUAGCCAGUGAUCAUUAUAACCGUGCUGUUAAUUAUAAGAAAACUAGGAAUGCUGAUAGUGCACCAUUGCAAUCCUUGGUCAUAUGUCCCCCAACUUUAACAGGACAUUGGGUUUAUGAGGUGGAAAAGUUUUUACCAAAGAAAUACCUGAAUCCUCUUCAGUAUGCUGGGCCUCCGGUUGAAAGAGAAAAAUUGAGGAGCACAUUUAAAUCCUACAACCUAAUAGUGGCAUCUUAUGAUAUUGUUCGCAAGGAUAUAGACUUCUUUAGUGCUAUCAGAUGGAAUUAUUGCAUUCUUGACGAAGGGCAAUACAUCAAAAAUGGAAAGACCAAGGCUUCUAAGGCAAUCAAACAACUAGUUGCAAAUCAUAGGCUUAUAUUAUCUGGAACACCAAUUCAAAAUAAUGUUUUGGAGCUGUGGUCUUUGUUUGACUUCCUAAUGCCUGGUUUCCUUGGCACUGAGAAGCAAUUCAAUGCUCGUUACAGUCGACCUAUUUUGGCCAGCCGAGAAGCGAAGAGCUCUGCCAAGGAACAGGAGGCAAGUGUUUUGGCUAUGGAAGCUUUGCAUCGGCAGGUACUUCCAUUCCUGCUGCGAAGAGUGAAGGAAGAUGUCCUUCAUGAUUUACCACCAAAGAUAACACAGGACUAUUAUUGUGAGUUGAGUCCACUGCAACAGAGGCUGUAUGAAGACUUUGCUCGUACACCAGCUCACCAGUCCUUAGCUGAGACCAUUGCACACUCUGAUGCAGCAGCAAAUGCUUUGCAGGCAAACACUCACAUAUUUCAGGCUUUGCGGUACCUUCAGAAGGUGUGCAACCACCCAAGGCUUGUUUUGGGACCCUCGCAUCCAGAGUAUGACAAAAUUGCUGCAGAGCUUCAUUUACAAAAAAGUGACCUACAAGAUAUCCAGCAUGCAGCUAAACUGCCAGCUCUCAGGCAAUUGCUUUUGGAUUGUGGCAUUGGUGCUGAACCAUCCUCAGUCACAUCUGGACAGCCAGGCGAUAUUGCCAUCAACCAGCACAGAGCCCUUAUUUUCUGUCAACUUCAAGUCAUGCUUGACAUAGUGGAGGAUGACUUGUUGAAGAAGCAUAUGCCAGGAGUUUCAUACCUACGUUUGGAUGGAAGUGUACCGGCUACCCAAAGACAGGCAGUUGUACAACGCUUUAAUAAGGAUCCAUCCAUAGAUGUUUUGCUUCUUACAACACAAGUUGGUGGGCUAGGUCUCAACCUCACUGGUGCUGAUACGGUAAUAUUUGUGGAACAUGAUUGGAAUCCAAUGAAAGACUUGCAAGCAAUGGACCGUGCUCACAGAAUAGGCCAGAAGAAGGUUGUAAAUGUUUACCGCCUCAUAACUAGGUCUACUUUAGAAGAGAAGAUUAUGGGGUUGCAGAAGUUUAAAAUGCUUACUGCUAACACUGUAAUCAGCAGUGAAAAUGCAAGCAUGGAAACAAUGGGGACUGACCAGCUGCUCGACUUAUUCUCACUUGAUGGCAAGGCUAAGACUCCUAAUGGUUCAUCAAAUUCCAUUGCAAAUGUGGGAGGCCUAACGGGUGGCAGUGUUCAGAGCAUGCUCAACACCCUACCGGACCUGUGGGACGCCAAGGAAUAUGAAGAAGAAUAUGAUAUGAAGACAUUUAUGAGCACGUUGAGGAAGAACUAAAGUAGUUUGGGAUUUUUUUUUAAAGAUACACGUUUUAUUAUGUCAUGUGGUCACUCUGCACUGUAAUGCCCAAAGACACUUUUGAAUUAAAAUAUUUAUGUGCUUUAAGUGUCCAAAUCAAUUUUCUUUUUCUCUGAAUAAAUUGGCCCAUUGACCAAAUAUCAGUAUUAUGUAUAUUGUGUUCUAGCCAAUCAAAUUUUGAUGCAAUGUAGCCAAUGUUUCUGCUUUUGUAUUUGUGUGUUUGUUUGUUUUUUCUUUUUUUUUCCCUUUUUGCUUUCCUUGAGCAGAUUUUCAAUAUAUUUUUCUUUAAUUCAAAAUUGUUUCAGUCCUUUCUGCUGACUGAAGUUUUGCAUUAUGUUUGUAUCUGCAUUUGUGACUACAGAGCUCAACCCAUUUUCAAUUGGGAAGCCAAUCUUUAAAAAAUUGUGAAAGGGUAUAUUCAGCUUGACUGUAAAGUGAAGAAUAUUUCAUAAUACACAUGACUGGCAAGUUGGUCGCUUUCUUUGACUGUAAACAAUUUUGUUUGCCACCAACUGCUAUGUAAAUUCCUCCCUUCAGAAUGGUUCUUUCUUUUCUUUGGCAUUCAAAUUUGGUAUACCCUUGGCAUAGUACUUUCUGGUUUCUCUGUUUAUUUUAAAUCUCUGUAGUUUGACUAUACUUGGGUUGGAGUAACUGAAUGACUGAACAAUAAUUUCUUUAAGUUUCAAUCCAGUGUGCGCAUACCAUUGUUUCUGUUCUUUUCAAAUGUUUAUUGUUUUAAUUAAGAGGUUUUGCCGGUAGUUGAACUUCUUCAGCACAUCCAAUCAAGCAAAAUUUUUUUUGUAUGGAUUCUUUACUUUUGACACACAAUUCAUGUUAAUGGUGGUUCACUAAUUUAGGUAUUUAUUUUUAAAUAGAAGGGAAAAUAGUUGAGACUAAUGCGAUCAAACUUAUCAUGCUUUCACUGUGAUGCCAGCUUGGAGUCAAAGUGUCCAACUGAAAUGAGAGUAUGAUGACUAGUCAAAGUUCUGUGGUAAAGGCCAUAUUUGUCUUGUGUGUCUGAAAUUAGAAGAGAAGUGAAGACUCGAUCCCAGCACUUCAGUUUUCAUUUUGUCAGCACAUGACUGAUCAUGAGAUUUGUAGAGAAUCUGUAGGCUUCUGUAAAUUCAUCCCGGCUGUAACUUUAUGAUGAUGAUCCACAUAGCUAUGUUAAUUUGUUAUGGUAAUUUAACAUCAGCGGCAUCCUGGAGCUAGUCAAGUGGUCAUCUGAACGUAAUUUACGAUCUGCUUCAUUUUUUGUUUCAGUUUUUUAGUUCUUAUUACUUUUCCAAGAUACAAAGGGAAGGAAUUGACCUUUUUUUAAAUCUACUGCCCGUCUUUGAGCUUGGCAGUACAAAAUGUAUCAUCAUAUUUUUUUAACCUAAUCUCUAGGGUACCUGAUAGUGAGUGCUGAAGCCAGCACCUAGUUCACUGUGAUAAACCUUAUUUUAAAAAAAGUGAAUUUUAUCACUUUUGCUCACUGCAGUUGUAACUGAAGUAUGACUAUUAUGUCUAUAGGUGUAUCCUAUUUUGUGUGUUGGUUUAUAAUGUGUGGCAAUUCACUCAACAGUUUGCAUGAUAUGUAAAUUUAGUCAAAAUCUGAAUGAUUAGUUUGUAUUGAAUACUAUUGUCUAUUUUUAAGAUGGUCUGCUGAAUCAACUCAAAUGGAUAUUGUACAACAUAUCGUAAAUUACAAUCCCAUUUGUAAUUUGGCAUACUUUGCUCACAAAACGAGCUACUGUUAGACUUGAUUUUUACUGCCUGUAUUUAUGUCAGCUAGUCUAACUGAUCACAUCUAUGUGAAGCAUUUGUUUGCAAAGACUGACUAUCAUCAUCCUGCAAACUCAAAAAUGUUGCAUCGGUGAUGACCAAACCGGAGUACUGAAAUUAUUUCUCUUUUGUUUUUGGCAGAGGGGCAAAAUUAUUCCGUUCAAAAGGCUACUGUAAGUUUUGCAUUUGUUUGUAUUUUCUGAUGAUAAAAUAAUUCUUACAGUGUUGGUCCAUUUUCUGUUUUCUCUGAGCGUGUGAAAAUGUUGUGUACAGUUCAUCCAAGCUCUCAAUAAAGAAUACUAUUGAAGGUU